UUGAUGCAAAAGCCGGGUAGAAAAGCGUGAGUUUAGGGUACUAGGCCCGGGCCGGCCCAACCCAAAGCAGUUUUGCAAUUUUCAGAUUCCGCGAAGAGCCUCCGACGCCGAAUCGUUGGUAAAGAGGAAGUGAAAAGAGCCUCUUCUUCUUUCCCUCUCUCCUCUCUGCUCGCCACCCACUGUCAAUACACUCCAUUCUCCUUCGCCGUCAGUAGUUUGGGCCAAUUCAUUCGCGCCCUCGAGAACCUUCUAGAGAAUCGCAUUGAGGUUAGGUUUCAGUAGUUUGCAAUGGAUUCGAGCGACAGUGGUCGCGGUUUCUCCAAACGCGAGAGGGACGACGAGGAUUGGGAGUUUAGCGACAAGAGGAAAGAUAGGUCUAGAAAGUUCGGCAGCAAUGGGGACGAGGGCGAGGGUUCCGACGGAAGCGCCAGGAGGAAGCGUUCCAGCAGAACCGAUAGCGACGAUUACGAUUCGCGCUCCAAGCAGGGGGCGAAGAAGAGGCAGGAGGAGAGCACGCUGGAGAAGUUGAGCAGUUGGUACGAGGAUGGGGAAUUGGAUGGUUCCGAUAAGAUUGCGAGGAAGCGUGACGGCGACGCCGAUUUGCACGGCGCGAGUGUCGCCGGCAAGGAUGAUGGUAAGGGCGAAGGCGGUGGUGGCCGGGACAAGGGUGAGCCGGCCAGGAGUUCGAGGAGGAAGUGGGAUGAGGUUGAUGCUGUUAGUGUGAGGAGGGCGCAGGAUAAGCGCGACAGUUCUAGGGAUAGGGAGAAGAGUGGAUCUGCUAGGAGUGAGCAUGGGGAGAGUAAGGCCUCUGGUGGUGAUAGAGUUGUGAAGUCUAAUAGUAAGGAUGAUAGAAGAGGUGAUUCUGAGAGAGGGAAGAGUAAGGGUAAGUCGGAGUCGGUGGGGGAUGUUGGUCGUGAGGAUCGGGUUGAGAAGCCCAGGCACCACAGGAAUGCUGCUGGUUAUGAUGUGGCUGAAACCUGGGAUAGGUCCUCGAAUGUGGAGGAGGAUGGACAUGUGCGGGUUAGGGAUAAGAGUGCUAGGGAAACUGGGAACUCGAACAGGUCGAGGACGCCGGAGAGGAGUGGAAAACGCCAUCAAGAUUUGGAGAACUCUGAGAUGGAUUAUGAAAGAAGUGGUAGCUUUAAGAGGAAGGAGAAUGAAAGUGAUGGAUAUAAGGAUGAUAGAUCCAAAGGAAAAGAUGAUACUUGGAAUGACAGGAGGAAGGAUAGGGAAAGUUCUAAAGAAAGCUGGAAAAGGAGGCAGCCGGGUAAUGCCGACAAAGAUUCAAAAAAUGAGGAGAGUGCUUUUGAUGACAGCAGAGAUUGGGAGUUGCCUAGGCAUGGUUAUGAGAGGAUGGACAAUGAAAGGCCUCAUGGACGGUUUGGUGGUAGAAAAGACGUCAGCAGGGGGGAAGCUGUUAAAACAUCCACAAAGUAUGGGAUUUCGAAUGACAAUUAUGAUGUGAUAGAAAUCCAGACCAAGUUUUAUGACUAUGGGAAAUCGGAAUCUAUGUCCAACCAUCCCAAGAGAACUGAAGCUCAUCAGCAGUACAAUACUAAGUCAGGUGCUAAUGAUGAAGAAUGGGCAUAUCAUCAGGAGGAAAGAACAAGGAAGAGUGAUUUAUCUGGGUCUGGGACACCUGGUGAUGAUCUGAAGGAGAGAUAUGCUGAUGAUGACUAUGAUUUUUAUGGUGGAAGAGGAAGAGGUCAGAAAGGUGCUGCAUCUGCUCGCAGUACUGGUGGCCAAAGUUCUAGUAGUGGAGGCUCACAACCUCAAUAUGGAAACCUGGACUCCGGUUCCUUUAAUAGAGCUGGUCCACAAGGAAUUAAAGGGAACAGGGUUGGUAGAGGAGGAAGGAUGAGGCCCACUGGGAGAGACAAUCAGCAGGUUGCAAUGCCAAUGCCAAUGAUGGGAUCACCCUAUGGACCUCUUGGGAUGCCGCCGCCUGGGCCAAUGCAGCCUCUUUCACAUGGCAUGUCACCUGCUCCCGGUCCACCAAUUUCCCCUGGGGUCUUCAUGUCACCAUUUAAUCCAGCUGUCUGGCCUGGAGCUCGAGGAGUUGAUAUGAAUAUGAUAGGUGUUCCGCCUGCAGUGUCUCCUGUACCCCCAGGUCCUUCAGGUCCAAGAUUUAAUGCUGCUAAUAUAGGGAACCCACCAAAUCCUGCAAUGUAUUAUAACCAAUCAGGCUCUGGAAGGGGAAUUCCCCCCAACAUUUCUACUCCUGGUUUUAAUCCCACAGGAUCAAUGACUCGAGGAGCCCCACCUGAUAAAACUCAAGGGGGAUGGGUUCCUCCUAAAAGUGGAGCUCUUGGUAAAGCUCCUUCCAGAGGUGAACAGAAUGAUUAUUCUCAAAAUUUUGUUGACACUGGUAUGCGGCCACAGAAUUUCAUUAGGGAGCUUGAGCUCACAAAUGUUGUAGAGGAUUACCCUAAGCUUCGAGAGCUUAUACAGAAAAAGGAUGAGAUUGUGGCAAAUUCUGCAUCUGCUCCCAUGUAUUAUAAGUGUGACCUGAAAGAGUUUGAACUAUCUCCAGAGUUCUUUGGAACGAAAUUUGAUGUGAUUCUUGUAGAUCCCCCAUGGGAGGAAUAUGUGCACCGUGCCCCUGGCGUUGCUGACCACAUGGAGUACUGGACAUUUGAAGAAAUAAUGAAUCUCAAGAUUGAGGCUAUAGCAGAUACGCCUUCUUUCAUCUUCCUUUGGGUGGGUGACGGUGUAGGUCUUGAACAAGGUCGUCAAUGCCUGAAAAAGUGGGGAUUUCGCAGGUGUGAAGAUAUAUGUUGGGUAAAGACAAACAAAAGUAAUGCAACUCCAGGCCUGCGGCAUGAUUCACACACUUUAUUUCAACAUUCAAAGGAACACUGCUUGAUGGGCAUAAAAGGAACUGUUCGUCGAAGUACUGAUGGCCAUAUAAUUCAUGCCAAUAUUGACACUGAUGUCAUUAUUGCUGAAGAACCUCCUUAUGGUUCAACACAAAAGCCUGAAGAUAUGUAUAGGAUUAUUGAGCACUUUGCCCUUGGAAGGAGGAGACUAGAACUGUUUGGUGAAGACCAUAAUAUUCGAGCCGGUUGGCUUACUGUUGGUAAAGAAUUGUCAUCUUCAAAUUUUAAUAAAGAGGCAUAUGUGAAAAGUUUUGCUGACAAAGAUGGGAAAGUUUGGCAGGGAGGUGGGGGAAGAAAUCCACCUCCGGAGGCACCUCAUCUGGUGGUGACUACUCCUGAUAUAGAGGCUCUUAGGCCAAAGUCACCAAUGAAGAACCAGCAACAAAUGCAGCAGCAGCAGCAAUCAGUAACCAUUUCUUUGACGACUCCUAGCGCAUCAAACAGAAGGCCUGCCGGGAAUUCCCCGCAGAACCCAACUGCGCUCGGCAUCAAUCAAGACGCAUCUAGCUCAAACCCUUCUACACCAGCCCAUUGGGCUUCACCUAUGGAGGGUUUCAAGGGACGUGAAGGCUCUGUACUGCCUACAGAUGAUAAAGUAAUGGAUAUGUACGGGUUUCACGGACCAGCGGCAGCAAGCUAUCUAGAUUUUGAUUCAUACAGACAAAUGAAUAUGUUGUAGCAUAACUGGUUAAAGUUGCAUGACUUUUUGUGUAAUUUUUUUCCCCGCCAAUAUAAAUGGGAAGAAAAUUAUUCUCAUUUUGUCUAUUCAUUCUUUUGGGUAGCAUUGGCGAUUGCAUUGCUUAACCAGGGGAAUAAAAGGCGGCGUCGGAUUACUGUAAAAUUAGCUACAUUUCAUGUAUUAUUUUGUCGAAUGCCUAGAAUAUAAUUUCAAUUCGUAUAUUUCCGGUGGUAA